GGCGUGGCAGUCUCCUCCAGGCAUGGCAGUCACCUCCAGGCGUGGCAGUCACCUCCAGGCGUGGCAGUCUCAAGGCGUGGCAAUCUCCAGGUGUGGCAGUCUCCUCCAGGCAUGGCAGUCACCUCCAAGCGUGGCAGUGACCUCCAGGCGUGGCAGUCUCAAGGCGUGGCAGUCUCUAAGUGUGGCAGUCUCCUCCAGGUGUGGCAGUCACCAGGUGUGGCAGUCACCUCCAGGCAUGGCAGUCACCAGGUGUGGCAGUCUCCUCCAGGUGUGGCAGUCUCCAGGUGUGGCAGUCACCUCCAGGUGUGGCAGUCACCAGGUGUGGCUGUCACUUCCAGGUGUGGCAGUCACCAGGUGUGGCAGUCACCUCCAGGCGUGGCAGUCACCAGGUGUGGCAGUUACCUCCAGGCAUGGCAGUCUCCAGGUGUGGCAGUCACCUCCAGGCGUGGCAGUCUCCAGGCGUGGCAGUCACCUCCAGGCGUGGCAGUCUCCAGGCGUGGCAGUCUCCAGGCGUGGCAGUCUCCAGGUGUGGCAGUCUCCAGAUGUGAGGGAUGAGCACCCUGUCACUGAAAGAGCUCAUAGACAUGAACAAAUGCAAUGUAUGGAUUUUUGUUGGAUGUUGAUUUUAACAAAUGAGCUGUAAAAAUGGCACUUUUGGAGGCAAUCU